AUGAGUGGAUCUAUACUGGGAGAAAAUGGACCGGGAAGAAGAAUUAACCCUAAAAAGAACUAUGGAAUAAAUAGAAGAAAACUCAGAAUUUUCAAAGGAAACAGAAAACGAAAUAGGAAAAUACCGGAAGAAACGUUUGAACAAAUAGAAGAAGAAAUGAACUUAGAAAGGUUACAAGAAAUAAAACUAAGACUAUGUGUAAAAUGCUUAAUACCAAGGUUACAAGAAAGAGAACUAUAUAAAGGGAUAACCAUUGAAGGUGUCGUUAGGGAUCGAGAUUUUGAGGAGAAUUUAGAAUUAGAAUUAGGGUUAGUGAAAAAUGGAGGUGUGAACGUGACCAUUGGUGAUGAAGGUAUUAUAAUCAAUGAAGGUGGGAAAAAUGAAGGAAUAUGGGAAUCUUAUCAAAAAUAA